GUUUGAAUUGAGCGGUCUGCACGAAGGUAGUUUUGUAAAUAGUGUACAGUAUUUUGAUUUAACGGGAUGAAUACUUACCAAAGAAUUUUGCUGUAAUAUUCGCCAGUCACACAUGGUGACAUUGUGUCUUUUGUACUCAUGUCGAAAGAGUUCUUGAAUACAACAGACAUUUCUGAUACCUUUGCUGGUGUUCCAAGAAAACAGAAAUUUGUAACAAAUCCAACACCUUCGGCCGUUACCAGAUAUGUAUGCAUUUCAAAAGAAGCAGAUGGUUCAUCCCAUUCUCAACCCUUGGCAUUCUGGGAGAGUGUGAGAAAUAAUGAUCCAGUAGUUACUCAGCAUGUGUGCUCUUUUGAAGAAUCGGGAAGUGAUGUUAGUUCAUCAGUCGCAUCCACCAAUGUGGUGCUGAAAAAACAUGUUGCAGUCAUUCCAGCAGAUGCAAUACCAGCAUUUCCUGGUUUUUGUUCUGCUGAGCGUCUUAAUCAGAAACGAUACAGCCAGCAUGAACAUGUUUCUCACAAACAGCAUCCACCAGCACUCAUCAAGUCAUGCCGAGAACAGCAGAAAUCCACAAGGAUAACUCCACACACAUGGCGUGAGCAGGUACAGAUCAUAAAGAAGGAAGAUGCUAUUGCUGCGGCAGGAGGAGUGAACAGCACUGUAACUGUCUCAACUGUUAAGUUGAAAGACAAUGUAGGUUCAUCUGUCAUCACUAAGUCAGUCAUUUCUGAAGCAGAAGCUCAAAGUACUUUAACAGAAUGUAUCAGUGCUACUAAUCCAGGUGACAUAAUUAUUGAGAAAAAUAUUAUUACCAGUCAAAGAAAUGACAAAGAAUUCCAGGAAUUAGACCAUGGUGAUCUUGAUGUAAAUGAGCCAGAGGUUUUAAGUGCUGAUGGAAACAAUGCUGUAACUGAAAAAUUGGCCUCUAAUAUUAAAGUGAAAAGUGUUGGCUCCAUGCAAAGAGCUUCAACUGAAUUCCAUGAUCUGAAAAAUGCAGAUUCUGAGAAAAAAUGCAAUUCAGAUACUCCAAAAAGAAAGUUAUUUCAUAAUCGAAAUAAAACUAGGGAAUAUAUACUCCAACAGAAACAAAAACGAAAAGAAAGAUUUGCCACUGAACAAAGCAAAAAGAACAUGGAGAAUGAAAUGAAGAAAGUUAAGCUUCAAACGCUGAGGGAAAAAUCCCAAAGAAUUGUUAAAACCAAUGUUAAGAAAUCAUUAUCUAAGAAAAGAAGUCCAGAAAAAAUAAAUAAUUUGGGCCCAGAUACUACUAUUGGCUGUAAUGGGAAAGAAGAUGACUUACAGACACCUGAUGUUGCUAUUACUAUGAAAAGUGUUACUCAGAAAUCAGUUUCAGUAACUAAAUAUAAAGUUAAUGAGUCCAUACCCUCAAGAGAUCGUCUGUCAGCUGAACGUGAGAAUGACAUAGAUAUGGCACACAAUUCUUCUCUGCCUGACAGCAAUGGAGGAAAUUCCAACAAGAGUAGCAGUGUGGAUCGAGAAUUGGAAGGAGACCGGCAGAUAAGAAAUGAACUUGAUUUGAAGAUACGUGCAGUAGCAAAAGCACUCAGUGCAGAGCUAGAAUCCAACAUUUUGCAUUCUAGUUAUGACCUAACAGACAAGGUGACCGAUGAUAGGAACCAUCUGUCACUACAGCGUCCAUUGUAUAGACUUCGUGACACUGUAUGCAAUAGGCAGCCAGUUACUCAUAAUAUGGAAAAUAGCAGAGUGGUGAACACAGACAGUGCAAUAAUAAAUAUCAGUGAUUCACCUCCAACCAAACUUAAACGCUAUGAUCAUAGAAAGCAAAUGAAGUCAUUGGAAAAGAAAAUGGAGUUAGCGAAUCACACAAUCAGUAUGCUAAGAGAAAACAAUUUUAUUAAAUCUGUUGAACGGUCUACCAGAGAACAGGCAGGAAGUGUCAAGGGACCUGAGAAAAUCCUAAAGGAAAACUCCAUUGAAUUGGAGAAAAAAUCUAGGCAAAAAACUGUGGACAGUCCACAGCAGUAUUUUUCCAAGAGAAGUGCUUUUCCUUUUUGCCCUGAGCAGCAUUCUGAAACAACUGAAAAAAGUAGAAAAUUGCUUAAGAAACGAAGAAUUGCCGAGAAAACAAACCACGUUCAAAAUCACUCAGGUACUUCGACACGAACAGCGUUAAACCAUGUUCCACAAAUAAGCAUGAAAUACUCACCACCAACAUCACCUCAUAUUUCAGAAUCUGGUAUUAUUGGAAAGAGAGAGAAUGUACAACCCCAAGUGCGCAAACAUUUGGAUGAAGUAAUUAAUUUGAAUUGUCUACCCUCAUCAUUCAUCAACAAUUUGCAGACAAUAGAAAGAAAUACUCAUGUUACUCCUGUGGAACAAAAAAAAGACCCAGAACGUAAGCAUGAACUUGUUAAAAAUAGACAAACUGCAGAUGAUGAUUAUAACAAAAGGUCAGAUAGAAAAUCACAGCUGCAGACUGAUAUGGUCACUACUCACUCAGAUCCAGUGAAAGAUUGUGAAAUUAAGGUACAAGCUAAUGAGAAAUUGAAGAAAUUGUUGAUGCAACAAGCAUUUGAAAAAGACCAAUAUGCAGCAAAUUCUCCAUUAACACGUGAUGUCACAACCAGAUCUUCAGGUGCUGCUGCGGAGCUAUUCAAGCGUGCUGUUGAACAUGAAAAAAGAGAGAGAGCUGCUACCCGAAUUCAAGCAUUGUAUCGUGGACAUAGCACUAGAAAAAUUACAGAUUCCCUCUUGAUUGGUACCAAGUCAAAGAGUGGUGUCCAGCAAACACAGCUACAGGCAAAACAACAUCAUAACACCACAAAGAAAGAGACCUGGUUCAAAGAAGAUCUUAGUGGAAGCAAAUUGAAUACUGGUGAACCAACAGAUUGGCUUGAACUAGAGCCUGUCAAACCAUGUCCGUACAAUGUCAUGACAGCUGUUAGGCAAAAACUUUUAGCCCUUAAAGUCUCGGAUGCAAAAGUUGAAACAAAAACUGCAAACAUUUGUACAGAUCGGACAUUGGCAGGUGAUAAAAGUGGUAUUGGAGGGAACAAUAAGAGUACUCUAGAUCAAAACAAAGAAGUGUGUACUUCAGGCUUCUGGGUGGAAGAGAAUGCAAUUGUACAAACAAAUACUGUUGCCCCUGCCACAGAAAAUAAGAAAAAAGUGCAGGCAGUACAACUAUGUAGUUCAAAGGAGAAUUCCUUAUCUAAUGCAGAAGGAAGAUCAGGUAAUAGAAAGACAAGUGGAUCAGAUAAAAGCUAUGUCUUUUCUGAAGAAGCAGGUUGGAUUGAAAAUGAAGAGCCAAAGCAAAAAGGAAUUGGAUCUUUACACCUCAGUACAGUAAAUAAAACCAAUAUUACACAGCACUCUAGGAACCAGGGUAAGACACGUGAAUCUUCAGCCAAAUCAUCAAUAGUGGGUAGUGAUAAAGAACACUCACUUACAUGUAGCCUUAAAAAUAACAGUGAAAGUUUAUCAUUACCAGAUGUGCAUCUUGUUAGAAAGCGUAGAAGUUCAGAAAAUGAAACAGUUUCUAUCCCUUCUAAUUCCAAAGAGCCGUAUUUAUCUGGUGUGAAGGAAAGGGAGAAUUCACUGCCAACAAGCAAGGCAGAUUGGAUAGAAGCAUCAGUACAUUUGUCAUCUCCUCAAACAUCAUUUCCCUCUGAAACAAGUAAUAGGACAAGGAAUAAUGAAAGUGAAACACAUUACAAGAAAAACAUAACGGAGACAAAAUCAGAUCAUAGUGCAAAAAACAGCAACAACUCUAAGGAGACAAUGUCGAGCAUAGACAUCUCUGAUGGAGGUCAUGCAGAAAAGUCAUCCAUACAGUGCACUGGAACUCCACUUGAAACUGAAACCAAGAAGACAGGGUCUUCUCAUUCUGGCAGUUCUGCAAAUUGGAGCCACAACAGACACAAAUUUCACAAAGUAUUGGAAUCAGGAAAAAUGAUGCCACCAGAAGCUUUGCAUUUGCAAUUCCAGGCAGAAAUAAAUCUGCUAGAGUCACUUGAAGAAUCUAGGUUACGACUAGCUCAAAUAGAGGGGCUACAUGCUCUUUCUUUAAUACAGCAUCAGAACUGUCCUGUAACUACACGACAAAAGGAUGAACGAGAGCAGCAGGUUCAGGUUACAUCAGAUCAUCAGCAACAGCGUGCCCCAAAACAGGAUAAGAUUGAUGACUUUGAAAAAAACAGAAGAGAAUUCAAUGCAGUUAUUGAAUCCAUGAGGAAAUGUGCUACAUUGUCUGGUGUUGACCCGGAGAUCAUUGAUUGGCUUACAUUUUCAGAUGUAUCAAGUCCAGUGAAGGUGCAUUUUUUGGGACAUGGACUUAGCAAAGGUGACCUCAUCCUGAUGGACAACCACAUCAGAGCUAUCAUCAACCUACUGGCACCCAAGAACCCGAAGCAGCUCAAGUUUGGCUUCCCCCACUCCCAAUAA